CUUAGUCCUCGAUUCUCUACGCGUUUCAGAGUUAAGUCUUCUUCUCUAGAUCUCUGCCUUCCUCCGAUCCAUCGCUCUCCGCGUCGUUUUUCAUAGAAGAAAAUGGCGCAGCAAUCGUCGUUGAUAUACAGCUUCGUCGCUAGGGGCACAGUAAUCCUCGUGGAGUUCACCGAUUUCAAAGGUAACUUUACGUCCGUCGCUGCACAGUGCCUCCAGAAGCUUCCGUCCUCGAACAACAAGUUCACCUACAACUGCGAUGGCCACACCUUCAAUUACCUCGUCGAAAACGGAUUCACUUAUUGUGUUGUUGCAGUUGAUUCUGCUGGGAGGCAGAUUCCCAUGGCUUUUUUGGAACGGGUGAAGGAGGAUUUCAACAAGAGAUAUGGUGGUGGAAAGGCUGCUACUGCUCAGGCUAACAGCUUGAAUAAAGAGUUUGGGUCGAAACUGAAAGAGCACAUGCAGUAUUGUAUGGAUCAUCCUGAUGAGAUUAGCAAGCUUGCUAAGGUGAAAGCUCAGGUGUCUGAAGUUAAAGGUGUCAUGAUGGAAAACAUUGAAAAGGUUCUUGACCGUGGUGAGAAAAUUGAACUUUUGGUGGACAAAACUGAAAACCUUCGCUCACAGGCGCAAGAUUUCAGGACACAAGGAACACAGAUGAGAAGAAAGAUGUGGUUUCAGAACAUGAAGAUAAAGCUCAUUGUUCUAGCAAUCAUCAUUGCCUUGAUCCUCAUCAUCGUCCUCUCAGUCUGCGGUGGCUUCAACUGUGGCAAAUAAGUCUGGGAACAUUUCUUCCUCCUAGUGAUUUUCCGUCAACAUCCUCAGUCACUUCGUUGUGCUGCUUUCGCUCUUUUUUGUGGUUUCUAAAUUCUCUCAUGCUAUCUUUAUCUGCUUAGAUUGUACGUCUUUGAAAUUGGUUUUGUAUAGGCCAUAUAUAUGUAUGAAUGUUCGACAUUUUGCCAACAUUUGCUAUUAUUGGUGGUAUCAACACGGAUUCUUGCGAACCAUUAUGCUGACCU